ACGCAGCCGCAGAUCGAUCCACGUUGUUUAAAGAUCAGCGGUCUGCGAGCAGCUGCCCAGUUGAACCAGUCGUCGGCUAGCGCGGCUAUCGCAGCAGCCCGUUCACGUAAACAACACCACAGCAUGCGAUUGGGAAGUUGUAUUUUCUAGUUUCGGUGGAUUUCCUAACCAUGGCGCAGCCGGCGGAGAAAGCGUAUUAUCGCUUCGUGGUGCUGUUCUUCAACUGCCUGCUGACGUUCGGCUCCUACUUCUGCUUUGACAUGCCCAGUGUUCUGCAGGAUCAGUUCCAAGGGAACCUAACGUGUCCCAAUGUGACUGUGAUCAAUGGGACUGUGGACUGUGUGGAGGGACUGGGGAUGAACCCUCAGCAGUACAAUCUACUCUAUGCCAUCUAUGCUUGGACGAAUGCAGUAGUGGUGAUCAUGGCCGGGUUCCUGAUAGACAAACUGGGAAACCGCUUUGGAGUGUUUCUGUUUUCUUUCCUGUGUGUUCUCGGCUCGUCCCUCUUUGCACUGGGUUCCCACUUUAAAGGUUCUCCGUACCUGCUGCCGCUAAUGCUCACAGGCCGCCUGCUGUUCGGAUCAGGCAAUGGAUCUCUGACAAUUGUUCAGAACCGGAUCACAGCUUUCUGGUUCAAAGGGAAGGAGCUGGCCUUGGCCUUCGGGUUAACUUUGGCGUUCUCUCGCCUCGGUUCAGUCUUAAAUUUCUUUCUUACGCAGAAAUUCGAAGAAAAAUACGGCAUGCAGUGGACGCUCUGGGGCGGCGCACUCCUCUGUGUGUUGGGUUUUGUGUCCGCCAUCAUCGUCAGUGCUUUGGACAAAAUCGGAAUGAGGCAGCUGGGUCUUGAUGGAACCAUUCAAGAGGAGUCCCGCAAAGUGAGAGUUCAGGAUGUGAAGCUCUUGUCGCUAAGAUACUGGCUGCUGGUUCUUACCAUUAUGUUCUUUUACAAUGGAAUCUUCCCAUUCAUUGCAGAUGCCAGUAAGUUUAUUCAGGAUAAGUACAGCGAUUAUAGUCAGAAGGAUGCAGCAUAUGUCGCCGGGGCAGUUUACGACAGCUCCUUGGUCCUGUCUGCCGUCGUGGGCAUCCUCAUAGAUUAUGUGGGCCUGCGGGGGAUAUUCGCAGUGGCCUGUGCAGUCCUCACGCUGCCUGUGUUUGGACUCCUGGCCUUCACCUUCGUGCCUCCUCUGGUCUCCACCAUAUGGCUGGGAGUCACCUAUUCAUUCGCUGCUGCCAGCAUGUGGCCGUCUAUCCCCCUUGUGGUUCCUCAGGCGACUCUGGGUACAGCCAUGGGCCUGGCCACGUCCGUACAGAUGAUCGGAAUAGGGAUCUCCAAUCUGAUUGUUGGACAAAUUUUAGGUACCAAAUCUAGUGAAACUAAGAUACCGUUGUGGCGCUGGCAGAGGAUGAUGAUUUUCAUGUUGGCCAACACAAUCGGCUGCAUCGUCACCUCGGUGCUGCUGAACAUCGUGGACCACAGACAGGGUGGGACUCUGAACAAGACAACCAAGAGGUCAGGACAGGCAGAGAGAGACUCGGACAGAGAGCCACUCAACCAGGAAGAGGAAGAGCAAAGCGAGGAUGAGGAUGAUAGGGCUGUCCGAGCUCAGUGAGUUUUUCUUCUGUUAUCGCAAGUGAACAUUCUUAUCUGUUUGGUUUGUUGUGCCCCUCAUUUUAAAUAUUACAGAGGUUACAGAGUAACUAAACAAUUGUUGUGCAUCACAGUGAACAGUGCAUCUGUGCUUAAUAGUAAAUAUGCACUAGGUUUUUCAGGUUUUUAAAUAAUGUAGGUCAGUAAUAAAAAUGUUUUCAUUCCAAAAGGGAAGAUUCUGCAUUUAUAUGGUUUUAUUUUGGCUGUUUCUUUUUAAAUACACGCCAUUAAUCUUACUGUGGUUGAGCUGUUGAGUAGACUGUGUGUGGACCUUUUUUAUAAGCAUUUGUUUUUGUGUUGUUUAUGUUAUGUACUUUAAAGAUCAUGUGUAGGCUAUUUGAUGUAUUUUACACUGCCAAAGCAGCAAAAAAUAUAUAUGUACUGUGUAUUUUUUAUGUUUGCUGAGUAACAUCCUGGACGGUAGUUAUUUUAUGUAUAAUUUUAUCCUGCAUCACAGUCUGAUUUCUGCUUGUUUGGAAGGUGCACCUUUUGUUAACUGCACAUACAGUAAAAUAAUGAUUUCAGUUUUUAAUCCAACAAAGUACAAUCAGAAUAACAUUUUUCCGUUUUAUGAAUACCUGAAGUCAUCUGUACCUGACACUAAGAUUCUUACAGCUCCAUACAAAACAUUAAAGUUUAUCAAUUAUAGCAUGUAACAAAUUUGAUUAAAAAAAUACAUUGUCAAAGUUAUUGAAAGUAUUCGAUAACAUUUAAGGUC